UUAUACACAUUUUCAUGCUUUAUUAACUCGAUUUGAUAUUGGAAUUUUUUCCUUACGUGUUUUUUUUUUCCCUUCAUUUGUUACGUUAAAUAUGUAAAAGUAUUCUCGUUGAUAUGUUUCAGGAGACACAAGCUAAGAAUCUCUGCUAACUUUAAUACCUUCAUUUUAAAAUAAUAACUAAUUAGCAACUAUUUAUUUAUAGCGUUAGCGUUUGUAAUUGGAAACUCCAUUUGAUUCUCUUUAUUGAUUUUACAUCCUUCUGACCAUCAUAUCUUCCCUUCUACUAGUAAGAUUCUUGGAACUGUUCAUUAUACUGAAUAAGUUUCAAAGCUACAUUUAUUGUUUUUCUUCCCCAUUGAGUUUUUGAGCUUUCUUGGUGCUCAAAUUCACUGUUUUGAUUUUGAGUACUGUGUUGAGAUUUAGUGGGAAUAUAUAGACAACAGUAGGUAUGUAUAAUGGAAGUGGGGCGGGAAGAGGAGGUAGUUUUAUGUAUGAGAAUGAAGUGGUGAUGACAAGAGACCCAAAGCCAAGGUUGAGGUGGACUGUUGAUCUACAUCAACACUUUGUUGAUGCUGUCACUAAGCUUGGUGGUCCUGAAAAAGCAACUCCCAAGUCAGUACUGAGGUUAAUGGGCGUGAAGGGUUUGACACUAUACCAUUUGAAGAGUCAUUUGCAGAAGUAUAGACUUGGACAGCAGGCCAAGAAACAAAAUGCAGCGGAGCAAAACAAAGAGAACAGUGGGGAUUCGUCGGGACAAUUUAAUUUGCAUUCCUCAGGCCCUGGUACCUCAUCAUUAAGUAUGAACUAUAUACAAGGAGAUGUUCCAAUAGCAGAUGCAGUAAUGAGUCUUCAGAAAAGAUUACAGGACCAGCUUGAGGUGCAACAGAAAUUGCAAAUGAGAAUAGAGGCACAAGGUAAGUAUUUGCAAGCAAUAUUAAGUAAAGCUCAGAAGAGCAUUGCAGUCAACAUGAAUUCUCCUAGUGCAGUGGAAGCAACAAGAGCUCAGCUUACUGAUUUCGAUUUACCUCUAUCAAAUUUAAUGGAUUACACAAAUAGAGAGAAGCGGGAUGAUAACAUUAUCGAUAAAAGAACACAUGAUAAUAUCAAUGAGGAGCUACAAAGAUCUAAUUACAUUGUGGAGGAAGAACAAAAGAGCAAUAUGAAUCUUAAGCUUAAAGAAGCUUCCAUUAACUUCGAUUUGAACUCCAGAAGUAGCUAUGACUUUGUUGGUGCAAAUGCAGCCGUAUUGGAAGCCAAAUCACUUUUACAUGGAAGAUUGGAAACAUAGCAUUAUCAACACAUAGUCAAGCUUCCUUUUAAGUUUUGCUCUGAAAACGUUAUAACUUGAUAUGUGAAGUUCCGAUUACUGAUCAUAUGUUAUUACAAAGUUGAUUGUAAUGAAUAGAGAGUUAAAGAUUUACACAGUGUUUGAUAGUGAUAAGUAUUGCAGAAAUAAUACAAGAUUAUCAUUGAUUGUUCUCUUCA